AUGCAAACACAAGUAUAUGAGGGGUUGUGUGAAAAUUAUUUUUCUCUUGCUGAACCACGAAGACAUAAAAUCAAAGUGCUUCUUUUGGACGUCCUGGUUUUUCUCUCUCUUCUCUUCCCUUUGGAUAUUAUGGCGAAUAAUACAACAAGUUUAGGGAGUCCAUGGCCAGAAAAUUUUUGGGAGGAUGUUAUAACGUCCUUCACAGUGUCCAUGGCAACUGUAUUUGUAAUUGCAGGAUUUAUUUGGGCUUUGUUUGUUUGUUUGUCUCGAAGAAGAGCCAGUGCCCCCAUCUCACAGUGGAGUUCAAGCCGGAGAUCUAGAUCUUCUUACAACCAUGGCCUCAACAGAACUGGAUUUUACCGCCACAGUGGCUGUGAACGUCGAAGCAACCUAAGCCUGGCAAGCCUCACUUUCCAGCGACAAGCUUCCCUGGAACAAGCCAAUUCUUUUCCAAGAAAAUCAAGCUUCAGAGGCUCAACUUUCCAUCCCUUUCUGCAAAGUCCACUACUUCCCGUGGAAACUGAGAGUCAGCUGGUGACUUUCCCUUCCUCCAAUACCUCCUCCACCAUCAACACUUCCCACAGUCUGGGCCGUCCUGAUUUCCACUGGUCCAAUAACAGUCUUCGGAUUGGUCUUUCAACACCACCCCCACCUGCCUAUGAGUCAAUCAUAAAGGCUUUCCCGGAUUCCUGAGUAGGGUGCUUUUAAAAUUUUUCUUUCUUUUCUUGUCUUUUAUUGAAAGGAAACCACAAAGUGGCUAAACAGAAUUUUGAAGACGUGGCCCAAAUGACUAAUGAGUCUCCAAGCUGAAAUGUGCACACACAAGUUGGACAUUACAAUGUAAAACACCUUUUCUUGGAACAUGGUUUUUCCUCUGUCUCACAAAAAAUAAUAUUUUUCCAAAUAGUUAUAUAUUUAUGUAUUUUGUAUUCAACAUGAGGAUUAUUAGAGUGGUUCUAACCUAAGAAUCAGCUGGAUACAGUAUAUCUAUUUUAGACUCAAAUAAAAACUUUAGAUAUUUGUGGUUUACAGUCCUCAUUUGCUAUCCAAUGUGACUAUAAAGGGGAAAAAAUCACUGUGUAGCUUUUUAAAAAUUUUUUCUAUCCUAAGGAAUUUUAAUUUAACUUUCUUUAUAAAGACAAGUGAACCAUUUUACAAUCUUGGAUUUUUAAUGGAUUAGAUGGACACAAAAUGAUGGAACAUAGGAAAUUCUAAAGUUCCUUGAUUCCACUCAUUGAUGAGGGAAUCAAGCAAAGGAAGCUGAACUCAGAGUGUGUUACGGAAUACUACAAUUCUGACACUUAUUUCCACCCCCAGACUCUUUUAGUGCUUUCUCCAAAAAUAGUUAUCCACAUCGUUGAGGCGAAAUCCUUGGAUUUACUCACAUGAUGAUUUGCCCUUUCUUCACUGUUGCGGUGUUGCUGUAAUAAAAAUAACAACAGAAAAUCCAAUUCAUUUGAUCUAAAAACAAACUUUAACACUGAGCUUCCAUUUUUCUUAAGGGAUAAACUUUAUUUCUUACAUUUAAAUUUAGCAACUGGGAAAGCACGCUGUCUAGGGAUCUUCUGUAACCUCACAGACAAAUAAGGAGGGGUUAGUUGGGAAGAAGUCUGUCCUCCAAAUAGAUGUUACAACCAUGAAGUAUCCUCCUUCCUGGAUGGACUCAUCAGUCAUCAUCUUUUAUUUGCACCUCUAUGGAUUUCAACCUCAGCUUCUGUGAAGAGUCUUUGCACAAAGGUUAAAAUAUACCAAAUGGUCCUUGGUGCAGACAGUUAUUUAAGGAGUCCACCUCUACAGGUAGCCAUCCUUUGAAGGAAGAGAGCUUCAGUGGCCAGAUGACCAUGGCUGCCCUUUUUCAUUUAAGGACACGAGUUCACAGGAUUAUUACUCAAAACACCUGUGGUUUGUUUCUGAUAUAGUGAAUAUUUAGCUUAGGUUGCUGUUUGUUUCUCUGAACACUGGAAUUUUCCAUGAAGAAAAAUGUACUCUUAUUUUAGUUUCUGCAAUGCAGCAGUCCUAGCUAAUAGUAUCUGAAUAUGACUCAAGAAUGCAAUAAUUUUUAUGUAAUAAAAGAUUCCAUAUAGCAUUUUCUUUACUGUUUUUAUUUGGCUUAGAUUUUCUAUUGUUCCUCAAGGAAAAUUAUGCUUAAUGAUGUUUAUAGUAAUAAAUGUCUUUAAAUGCUCUCUAAUGCAAUAUACCUGAAAGAAGAAAGAAAGAAGGGAGCAGGCAGGAAGGAAGGGAGAAGGAAGCAGAAGGAAAGGAAAGAGAACAAACAAACUCGCAGGAUAACAAAUUUGUUGUAAAUUGUUUUCGACAAACUUAACAUUAUCAUACAGCCACAUAAGAUUUCAAGAGAUCAUUAAUUUAGUAACAAGGUUAUCUUUUGCUUGUAUGUCAUCCAUAAUGUUUAACAUGAGAAGUAAGCAAAGUGUAUGGGUUUUGUCUAGAAUUUAUGUUGGGAGUAAAAACCGCUUCGUAUCUCUCAAAUGAGGAAAAUGAGAGCAGAAACCCUCUGGUGUAUUUAACCAUCUGGCAGAAUUAUUGCCUUCUCCCUCCCCAAGUUAUGAAACAAUCAAAAUGAAUAUCUUGUAAAUAUUGUGCAAUGCAUGAAAUGUGAAAUUAAAGUAAAAU